AUGGUUCCAGAUAAUCACAAGAGCUAUUGGGGGCUUCCUGGCAGUGAAAAUUGCGAUCUGUUGGGUCAUCGAGACUCCUCCAGGUCUCGUCGUGACCGGUACUCCCCUACUCCUUUUGGUCUCCUUGUUCGCAACAUCUCGCUCGACGCAAGGCCAGAAGAUCUUAGAAUCCCGUUUGAACGAUUUGGUGCAGUAAAAGAUAUUUAUCUACCCAAGAUCGAAUUACUACACUGGGGAACCACGAGGCUUUGGAUUUGUGAAGUUUCGUUAUCCUUAAAAUGCAGUAGAUGCAAAGGAACAGUUGAACCGUACUUCUUUUUUCACCAUUUUUCUUUCGUAUAACAGUUUAUCUCGCUCAUUUCAAACUAUGGACGGGCUC